UCUUGACUCACAAAAGGGAGCAGUGCCAGCAGAACACGCCCUCGCUCGCCACCGUGUCACUGGCGUCCAGCAACACUUACACGCCUGUACCCUCGGUCAGCGCCGUGCCACAACCUCCGGCCAACAGACAGGUGUCGACGUACAUCACGGUGCCGCCGGCUCCUCUCACACACACCUUGGUGCAGGGGAACGUUCUGGUGAGCGACGAGGUUCUCAUGUCGGCCAUCUCGGCGUUCACGUCCAUGGACACCCCAGUCACGGCCAUGCAGGCUUCCUCUCAGAGUAAUUUGAGCCUGCCCAGUGCAGCAUCAUACCUGCAGCACCAACCACAGGCCUCUCAGCCCCUCCCACUGGCCCAGGCUCCACCCCUUUCUGCACAGGUUCCCACCAGUAUCAACAGCCCAAUAGUGCAGGUGUACAGCACACUGCCCCCGAUGGCUGGAGGAGGAAACGCAGAGGUCCACACACUCGGCCUCCAACAGUUCCAGUCUGUUCAGGGUGGUGGUGGUCAGUGUGCGGACAGUCAGACUGCAGCCUUCAGCAGCGCUCCCGUUUACAGUUCGGCUAAACCGGCACAGAAGCUGAAGAGCUGCAGCAGCACCGUGACUCUGAGCGAGCUGAGCGAAUACGACAAGGUCAUCAUCCCCAAAAAGACCCGCAACUCCAAGAAAGGCCAGGAAGGUAAUGGAGAGCGCUUCGAACACCAUUUUUCAUUUCAUUUAAAGGAGCAGGUUGUCAUUUAUACAGCCUUUAAUUUGCCUAAAAUAUGCAGAGCUCAUUUCUGGGCCAGAAACAUCGGUACGAAAGGCUGGAUUCAGAUUCACUUAAUGGCAGAUUUAAAUCCCUGAAAGCGUCAAAAUAAAUACACAUCAUGCUUAAUACAUACGUGUCACAGGAAAUGGAGUUUAUAUUUAUUGAUUUAAAUUUUUUUUAUAUUCGUGUGUAAAAACCCACAAAAAGCAGUACGUUCUACAUGGCAUUCACUUUGUGUAAUAGCACUGUAACGUGUUUGUGUUGAAACAGAUUUCUUUAUGGAUAAUGUUUUGUUUCUCAGCAGGUCAAACAAAAGCCAAAGGUCAGAAGCUUAAGUGCAGUUUCUGUGACGAGGUUACUCAGGAUAAAGAGAACACAUCCAGCGAGCAAGAGCACGGUCCGAGUAAAAGUCGAGCGU